CAAAUAAAUAAACAAAUCCUUAUUUAUUGUAUUAAACAUGUCGAGUUAUAAUUGUUCGAUUUGUUUAUCAGGAUUUGAUGAAGAAGAGAAACCAUAUAGAUUACCAUGCUCACAUAUUUUUCAUAAACCAUGUGCCACCGAUUGGGUACUAAAUAAAAAAACAUGUCCAUGUUGCAGAAAGGAGUUAAAAGGAAAUAUAGAUGAGAUAUUAACAUAUGACCAUUUGGUUUUAUCAUUGCUUUUGGAGUUACAAAUAAAUAAUAAAGCCAAUAAUAAUAAUAACAAUAAUAAUAAUAAUAAUAAUAAUAAUAAUAUUAAUAAUAAUAAUAAUAAUAAUAUAGAUAAUAAUAAUAGUAAAAGUAAUAGUUCUAAUUAUAUUAGCAAUGGCAAUAAUUCAAUAAAUAAAACAGUUUUCUCUAAAAAUGAUAAUGAAGAAAAAUAUUCAAAUUA